UAAUGCGGUAAUGUAUAUCCUGGCUACAGAGUUUUAGCAAGCACAGCAGUGCACGUCUGCUUCCUUUUGUGAAGAUGGGACAGCUUUUUACCAAAUUACCAGAAGAAAAACGCCAGGCUGCUUUGCAUUUUAUUCGCAACCAAGUUGUACAGAAUUGUGUGGUUAUAUUUUCCAAGACCUAUUGCCCUUACUGUAUGAAGGCAAAGAGUAUCUUUGAAGAAAUAGGAGCCAAUUUCAAGGCAAUCGAACUGGAUCAGCGCAAGGAUGGUGACCAUAUUCAAAAUAUUCUUGAGGAAUUGACUGGUGUCAGAACAGUGCCAAGAGUAUUUGUGAAUGGAAAGUGCAUUGGAGGUGCUACAGACACACACAAGCUCCAUUCAAGUGGUGAACUACUGCCUUUAGUGUUACGGUGUACUCCACCUUGCCAAUGGGAUGAAAGUUUUUGUCUUAAUCAUUCGCAUUAA